UCUGCUUUUGACAUGUGUAGUUGCAAAGAAAGCUGAAAGUGUUUUGUGUUGAUUUAUCUUCGUGAGGUUGUUCUGGUGUGACGCUUGUUUCUGUUGCUGUUGUAGCAAAAUGGAAUUUGGCUCUUGGACGCCCCCUAAAAGCUAUGUAGGGAAACAUCUGUCUGACAUCCCUACACCAGCAUUCAUUGUGGAUAAGGAAAAAGUUGUUAGAAACUGUCACAACAUGCUGAAAAAAUGUGCAGAACUCCAUGUUAAACUUCGACCUCAUAUGAACACCCACAAGACUGAAGAGGCAGCAUUGCUCCAGACUGGUGGUCAGAAGAAAUGUAUCACUGUCUCAACAUUCCGAGAGGCAGAAUUCUUUGCAGAUCGUGGUUGGGAUGACAUUCUAGUUGCAUUACCUCUGGCACCUUUCCAUCUUGCUCGUGUCAAGACACUAGCAAAUCGUGUCUCAACUUUUCACCUAUUGGUUGAUAAUGUUGAUUCAGCAGCAGCACUAGCACAAUUGCCCACUCCUCCUGGAAAAACAGCAUGGUCAGUUUUCAUCAAAGUUGAUGCUGGAUAUGCAAGAGCUGGUGUUCGGUGGUCUGACACACACCUGGCUGUAAGAAUAUGUGAAGCUCUUCACCCAAAAGUGAUGCUUCAGGGAUUAUAUGCAUACUGUGGAAAUUCAUACAAUACAAAUUCACCGACUGAUAUAUUAGCUGUUCGCCAUCGUACUGCUGAGCGCAUACUGAAACUCAGUAAGGAAUUGGUACGGAAGGGUUUCACAUGUCCUACUGUUUCUGUUGGAUCCACACCAUCAAUGAGCAUUAGCAUCAGUGCUGAAGCCCGCCGAAUGUUUAUGAAGCUUAAUGAGGUACACCCUGGACAUUAUGUCUUUUAUGAUCUACAACAGGCUUCUCUGGGUUGCUGUUCACUGGAUGAUGUGGCAUGCCGAAUUAUGACUCGUGUUAUUGGCCAUUACCCUCACCGCAAGCAGAUGCUUAUUGACUGUGGCUUCACUGCUUUAACCAAGCAAGGACUAAAUGCUAAUAAAAUUGUUUCUGGAUAUGCUGUAUUUGAAUAUCAUCCACAUCUCAAGCUAAUUGAAAUAACUCAGGAAGUUGGCAAAGUUGAAGCUGUUGAUGAUGCUCUUGAUGUCAAUAGAUAUCCAAUAGGAACUGUGCUUUUCUUGUACCCUUAUCAAGCCUGUGCAGCAGCAGCUCUUCAUCCUGUUUAUUAUAUUCACAAAGACGAUGUCGUGCAGGAGGAGUGGAGACCUGUUCGUGGAUGGUAGACCCAAAGGAUAAUCUGUACUUGUUGCUGGAGAAACAUCCAUGAAGAGAAAUUUGUGUUUUAUGUUUUUUAGUACUAGUGAAGAGACAUUGCAAAACUUUGAAGUUUUAGUUAAGAUGUAUGGGCAGCUCAGUGAAUACUUUUCAGGCAGCUAAAUGACAAAAAUUUUGGA